CAGUUACGACUUCCAGCAAAGGAUGCUAUUUAUUUGUUAUGAUAGUUUAGAAACAUCUUCAGCACUUGACUUCAGAAAGGCGCCAACAUUGUCUUCCAUGUCUUGUUUAUCUUUUCCUUCACCGCACUACUUGCACCAAAGCCAGCAUCCAUUGUGCUGCUGCACUGUACGGCGCGCGCUCUAGUACCGGCCUCAGUGUUGCAUGCAGAAAUGCAAUCGUUAGUGAACUUCCUUAACAACAAACCCGGCAAAUUGCUCGUUGCCGGGGGCUUCCUGUUUGUGUCGUCGGAAAUUGUGUACGAACUGUACCUUUGGUUGCGGAAAGCUCCGAAACCCAAACCAAAGUCGUGUGAAGUAUUCUUCGUCAACAGGCGCAAACUACUGCACCCUUUGCCGAGCCCGCAAGAGUUUCUGUUCGAACAUAUUAACCGCAUCGUGCAGUACAUCGAUCGGGCGGAAAGAUCCAUCUGCCUGGCCAUGUACAUCUUCACCGUGCGGGAAAUUAGUGAGGCGGUCAUACGGGCGAAGCAGAAACGCUCGGUAGUGGUGCGAGUCGUAACAUGCGAAUCGAUGGUCGGCAACGAGGGUUCCUAUCUGCGCGAUCUCAUCGAUGAAGAUAUAAAGGUACAGUAUAAGUACAAAAGUGAGCAUCUGAUGCACCACAAGUUUUGCCUGCUCGACACGGAAUGGUACUGUGGCAGUUGUCUGAUUGCGUACCAUAUCGCCGAAUACGGUGAGCCGACGAAACACAUGCAGCACACCUUGUUCGACAAAGCUGUGCUGAGCGAUAGGGCUGGACUGUUGGAACGAUUCGGUAGCUCCUGUGCACGCUGCCAGAAGACAAAAUCACGGACAAAAAGCAAACGUAGGCCGCAAGGGCCGAACUCGCGCGGAGAAGUUGAUCCACUGCCCGAGCACGGUCUUCUUAUUGCCGGUUCCAGCAAUUGGACGUCCCCUGGCUUGAUCACACACUGGGACAACAUGACAUACACCUCGCUGCCAGACAUGAUCGACCCGUUCACGGCAGAAUUUCAGCGCAUGUGGUACGAAUUCAAUGAUCCCUUGGAUAAGGCAAUACUGAAGGAACCACUGUACAGGGAUCGAAAAUUUAAAUGAAAAGAGAAGAACAAGAACUUCACUUAACUUAGUGCAUGCAAUGCAUAAGGAGACGGAUUGAAUUUCUAGACGAUGCUAAGCAUUCCAUACUAACAGAAUUGCAAUGAAAAGGGGGUAAAUAAACUGUGAACUUUUGCUAAUA